GGCGGCCGCGCGGAGUCGGGCGAGCCUGGAGCGGCGCCGCGCCGCCGGGCGCCAUGCCCAAGCUGCAGGGCUUUGAGUUCUGGCGCCGCACGCUGCGGGGCGCGCGGCACGUGCUGGCCCCCAUGGUGGACCAGAGCGAGCUGGCCUGGAGGCUGCUGAGCCGCCGCCACGGGGUGCACCUGUGCUACACCCCGAUGCUGCACGCGCAGGUCUUCGUGCGCGACGCCAACUACCGCAGGGAAAACCUGUACUGCGAGGUGUGCCCAGAGGAUCGGCCGCUCAUCGUGCAGUUCUGUGCCAACGACCCUGAGGUCUUCGUCCAGGCGGCCCUGCUGGCCCAGGACUAUUGCGAUGCCAUCGACCUGAACCUGGGCUGUCCACAGAUGAUAGCCAAGCGAGGUCACUACGGCGCCUUCCUGCAGGAGGAGUGGGACCUGCUGCAGAGGAUGAUUGUACUAGCCCACGAGAAGCUCUCUGUGCCCGUGACCUGUAAGAUCCGGGUCUUCCCUGAGGUCGACAAGACCGUGCGCUACGCCCAGAUGCUGGAGAAGGCUGGCUGCCAGCUGCUGACCGUGCAUGGGCGUACCAAGGAGCAGAAGGGUCCCCUGUCGGGGGCGGCGUCCUGGGAGCACAUCCGGGCUGUGAGGGAGGCCGUGACCAUCCCCGUGUUUGCCAAUGGCAACAUCCAGUACCUGCAGGACGUGGAGCGCUGCCUCCGGGACACGGGCGUGCAGGGCGUCAUGAGCGCAGAGGGCAACUUGCACAACCCUGCCCUGUUUGAGGGCCGGAACCCUGCCGUGUGGGAGCUGGUGGAAGAGUACCUGGACCUCGUGCGGCAGCACCCUUGCCCGCUGUCCUACGUCCGAGCCCACCUCUUCAAGCUGUGGCACCACACGCUGCAGGUCCACCAGGAGCUGCGUGAGGAGCUGGCCAAAGUGAAGACACUGGAGGGCAUUGCUGCUGUGAGCCAGGAGCUGAAGCUGCGGUGCCAGGAGGACAUGGCGCGGCAGGAGGCGGGCACCCAGCCGGCAGGGGACCUGCCUUUCUCCCACUGGAUCUGCCAGCCCUACGUGCGGCCGGGGCCCCGGGACGAGAGCACGGGUCCCGGCACCCGUAGCAAGCGGGCCCUGGAGGAGGAGGAGGGCGGCUUGGACAGUCUGUCCAAGAACAAGCAGAAGAAGCGGCUGAAGAACCCCCACAAGAGCUUCGACCCCUCCCUCAAGCCAAAGUAUGCCAAGUGUGACCAGUGUGGGAAUCCAAAGGGCAGCAGGUGUGUGUUCAACCUGUGCCGCAGCUGCUGCAAGAAGCGAGCCUUCAGAGAGACCGCGGACUGCCCAGGUCACGGUUUGCUUUUUAAGACCAAACUGGAGAAGUCUCUGGUCUGGAAAGGGGCCCAGCCUGGACUGCAGGAUCCUCCGCAGGCAGGGCCCGGGGCCCCCGGGGGCCUCUCUCAAGUCGUGGGCAGUGCCCUGGCCUGAGGGCCCUAUGGGCCCGGCCCUGCCCCGCUGCCGACACCUGGCCGCACCUCCUGCCCUGAGACCCGGGACAGGCUGGCGGGGCCUGCCGGUGCUGCACCACGGACGGAGCCCAGGCUGGACCUGCCCUGUCCCCAUGUUUUCAAGCAAACAAUAAAUGAGUUUAAAGACCU